UUUGACCUCUGUUUCGUCUAGUUUGUACGGAUAAUAAGUACGGAAGCGGCUGCUCCCAAACAUGCAACUGUAACGCAUCCAGACUGGUUGAAAAUGUUGGAACUCAAACCUGUAACCACAAAACAGGUUACUGCAUGUGUAAUUCAAAAUGGACUGGUCCAGCAUGUGAAACGGAUGUUGACGAAUGCACGGAUACUACCAUUUGCAACAGUACCCCAAACAAGGUUUGUGAAAAUACCUUAGACGGCUAUUAUUGUACAUGCAAAGUGGGGUACACAGAAAAUACGGACAAAACCUGCAGAGCAAGCACCACAACAAUGUCAUUAAGUGUCGGAACAAAUGAAUAUAAGAUAACACUUAAAAUGGCCCUUGACAUACCCUGUGUAGCGGCAGAUCUGCAAGUUCCAACGAAAUAUGAUAGAAUUAAAGCAUCGAUUGAAUCUAUGUUGAAAGCCAAACUCCCUUCAACUUUACGUGUUGUUGCCUAUAAUAUUAGGUGUGGAUCAAUAGUAUUCGAAAGUCAAAUAAUAAUACGUAACACCGAUGCGGAGAAAUCUCGUGUCGCCGGUGAUUUGCAAAACAUUAGAAACGGUGGCACAAUGGCGGUGGAUGGAGUCAACACUAAAGCCACUGCUCUUACAGUCAACGGAUGCGCAUUGAGUAUAACUUCCGGUACUGACAAUACAGGAACCAAAGUUUGUAGAGUACAUUCAACUUUAGUCACCUGUCCUACAGGGCAAACAUGUCAAUAUGUAGACAACACAGCAUCUUGCAGGACUAUACUGACAGCCACAAACAAAACAGGUGAAGCUUUAGGAGCUGUUAUCGGAUCCUCUAUUGCUGUAUUUGCUGUUGGAAUUCUUGGUGCGAUUUGUACCUUGUUUAUUCAUACUAGAAAAAGAAUUAAAACAGGCUCGAAAACUCAGCCGACAGUUUCUCAUGAAACAGAAUUAAAUGAACCACCAACUGCUCUGGACACCUACGAGCAACUUCAAAACAGAACAGAUACUGAAAUCAGGGGAACUUAUGAUUCUCUUGAAGUCAGCUCCAGUACAUAAAACAGCGAAUCACAGUAUAAGAGUCUGAAUCAGGAAGCAGAGAAAUAUCACACAUAUACAGAUCUAAAACAAAGCCGAUAAAUCUGAAGAACCUACUUGAGAGAUUCGCCUUGAGCGUUCUUGUCUGUUCGGGAAACUUUAUAGAAGGAUUGUUUGUAAUAUUCGUAUUCCUGUUAUUUUAAUACAAGAAAAUGAAUGAAAGAAAUCGUUAAACAAAUAGUCUCACUGUACAUAAAGAUAGAAGAGGGGUUUGUGUAAUAGAUGAAAAGGGCUAUGUAUUCUGUUAUAUAUACACCAUUGAAAUAAGUUAAGCACACCCGGCAUUUUGCCUCAAUUUUGACAUGACCAGAACUAAAAUCUUAAAUUUUAUUUGGGCAAUGGUAUUAACCACUUUUAGUCAGCCUGCAACAGCUGGAACAAGCUUUGCAACAAGAGUGGCAACAUUUACCUCAAAAUCGCAUUAGACGCCUUACUGGUAUUAUGAGAGGAAGAGUUGAGGAUAUCAUCCGGGCACGUGGCGGCAACACACACUACGAAAAAUUCGUCUACAAAAUGUUAUUUACCAAACAUAUCUACCAGUAAAUGUUUUGUAAACUCUUCAACUUAUAAACACUUACACUUUUUGUAAAAAAAAACACUAAUCACUUAUUGUGCUUAUGCUCCUAUUAUUUGGUGAACUUAGAAAAUCUAAACUAAUAAGUUUACUUGUUUUUGAUUACUUAUUUGAUAUCGCUACUAAUCAAAUCAAUAUUUCUUAGCUUAAUUAAGUCGUCAUCUCAUGACAGUGCUUUCAAUCAAAAACAGUUUUAAAUUUCCUGGGUGUGCUUAACUUAUUUCAAGGUGUAUAUAUAACGGGUUUUUUGAAAAAAUACUGUUUUAGGACUAGUAUUUCGGGCAUUUAUUUUGCUCCUUGAAUUAUUCAACAUUUUUUAAUUGAAUUAUAUACAUUUUAUUAUUCACACUUAUAAAUCUUAAAUAUGUGUAAUAUCAAAAAUAAAUUGAUUGACCAAUGUUCAUUUCAGAUAGAUAAUUGCAAAUCAAGCUUAUAUUAUCCUUUGAUAAUUUUGCUAAAGCGUGCGUGGUUUUUAUUCUAGUGAUAUUUUGUCAUAAUAAGUAUCUUUCUUUUUCUUUAAAUAAGACAUGAAACAUUUGUAUUCACUUAUUACCUGUGUGUAUGUCAGAAUUACUAUAUUAUUGUUCGUUCACCUGUUUAUUCAUCUGUAUGGAACUUCUAUAAGAACUUAUUGGUUAGAUACGAAUUUAACCGUGCUUAAAUUAUCAUGUGAAUAAGGACAGAAGACUCUUCAAAUAUCAUACUUGUAAAACCGAUGGAGUUAUAGGUUAAACGUUUAAUAUUGUAUUAUUAUGUAAUGUUUCUUUGUAAUAUAUAUAUAAUUGACGAUUUAUGGGUACCUUUAUUGCGUUGAAAGCCAUUGAGAGUAUUUGAGAAAGGCGCCUUAUAUAGAUUUAACGCCGUCUUUGACGUUGGACGUGCGCCGCGAUUCAGUUAGUUGCCAUGGUGUUUAUGGCAUAUUUUUGUUGUUUGUUGAUAUUUAUCUAUGAAAAUUUAUGAAAAUGAUUAAAUUUUAUGGGUUUAUAACAUAUUAAAAUAUCAAAUUCGUACCUGUUUUAUUUAGCUUUAAAUCAAUCUUGUCACAGAAUAUUGGGACAACCCUCGUAUGUGUAAUAUCAAAAUUAAAUUGAUUGACCAAUGUUCAUUUCAGAUAGAUAAUUGCAAAUCAAGCUUAUAUUAUCCUUUGAUAAUUUUGCUAAAGCGUGCGUGUUUUUUAUUCUAGUGAUAUUUUGUCAUAAUAAGUAUCUUUCUUUUUCUUUAAAUAAGACGUGAAACAUUUGUAUUCACUUAUUACCUGUGUGUAUGUCAGAAUGGCUAUAUUGUUGUUCGUCCUCGAAUUACACAAAGCUACAGAGCAAUGCUAAUUGAACUCUGAGCUAGAUGCAGUCACGGUCCCCCGUUGGGCGCCAAAUGCCACAGGGUGAGCAAAAAGUGCAGCCUGACCGGGACUCGACCAACUGAGCUAUCCGGCCGCUUACACAUCUUCACCCCUUAAUAGUGAACAGUUCUGAACCGUGACAUUGACAUGUAAGUUUAUUUGAACAAGUGCUGCGGGUAACCGUUAUUGUUCAAAUUAAAUCUAGUUUGUAUGCCAUAUAUUGAGUUAUAACUCUUUCUGAAAUGCCUAGAGCCAGACAAGCUUGUGCAUCCGGGCAAUCUGACUUGCUUCAAAACAGCAGGUGUCAAGUGCUGUGUGGCAGCUGUAAAAAGUUGCCCCGUACUUCACUUCAGUGUUGUUAUAUUUUUCUGGUCCUUCGGGAUCAUUGAUGCCAGCACUAUCAAUUGUUGAGAAUUGAGUACCGCUCAAACCAGUGCUAGGGGGCGUGAGGGAUGUUGCACAUAUUCAUUAUCCCUCAUGUACAGACUCAAUCAAACCAAGUCUGCAAUUCUCUUGUAAUUUUGUUGUGAUUAAUACUUCCGAGGGAGCACUUUGUUUCCAGAUUUGCAUAGAGCCAAGUUAAGCUUGUACAUCCGGGCAGUCUAACUUGCCUAGAACCAAGCAAGCUUGUACUUCGAGACAGUCUGACAUGCCUAGAGCCUGGCAACCCUGAACAUCCUCGCAUUCUGACUUGCUUAAAGCCAAGCAAGCUUGUUCAUCCGGCAUUCUGACUCGCAUAGAUCCAAGCAAGCUUAUACAUCCGGUCAGUUUGGCUUGCCUUGAGUCUGGCAAAAUUAAAUCAUUAAAGAUUGAAUAAGCUGUCCAAAAAAUUUAAGGCAAAUUCAAUUAAAGUAUAUAGAAGUUUUUUUUUGUUCAUCAUGACAAUAUUAAUAUGAGCAUUUUAUUUAUAUAUAUUAAGCAUUAUUACUUAAAUUGUAACAGGGAAUCAACAAGAUAGUUCUACUUGUUUCGUCAUUGAAUAUUUAUGUGAACAUAAUUGCUUGCUCACAAUUUGUAUUUGUAACCCUUUUUAAACUUUUUACUUGAUUUUGUUAAUUAUGUCAUUGUGUAUUUCUUAUUUACAUAUAAUAUAUGUUUUAACAGAGACUUUUAUAACAGAAGGUUAAGAAGCUCUAAAAAUAGGAAAUUUUCAAAUUUUGACCAACAAUCCUUUGUUUGAAAUUCCCUUGGAGUUGAUUAAUUCCCGCCAUCUUAUUUUAUAUAACAGAAUUUGUUAACAUUUAAUCCAAUACAAAGAAUAAUUUACAUCUUCUUAAUCUGUAUUACGUUUUAAUACCUUUUGGAAACUUCUUUUUUAUUAUCAUAAGAAUAUUUAUAUAACAUGUAUACAUAAUUAUAUAAGUAUUGGUAAAAUCUCUGUCUCGGAAAAUCUCGCAAACAUGUGAUCUUGCACGAUUUUAAAUCCUUGUCAAUAAAUUACAUUAUUUACGCUCAAUCGUUCAUUAGGAUCUUGUUCUGAAAAGUAUACUUUAUAAUUAUUAUUUAAAUGUUUCUUUUUCUUAUUUCAGUAUUAAAGUUUGGAACAAAUAACCUUUUGCUUAUUAUCUUAAUUAUUUUGAAAUCAUCUAUGAUAACCAUGAUUAAAAUAUUAGUGUCGAACAGAUGAAUGAAUGAAAAUGUCUAACCUUUACACUCAAGAAUAUAUUACUUUUAUGUUUGUACAAAAAUUUAAUUUUAGAUUUUGUAUUGAUCUACAUUUUAUUCUUUUUUAUUAUUAAAUUAGAAGGCCGUACAGAAAGCAAGUAUACUUUUUACUAUUUAAACUUUGUAUGUUACCUUCUAUAAAUAAAGAUUUUAUCAUUA